AUGACGGAUGCGAAUGAUCUGUUGGCACUGCUGCAGCGCCCUCUGGAGCCAACGUUUCUGCCCAAGGACGAUGGCAAAACGGUGAUCGAUCUGCCGGAGGACUUCCUGACCGAUCGUUACCGCCCGAUUGGGGCUGAACUGCAGUCACGCUUCACCAACGAUGCCGAGCAGCGCAUCCCGGUCCGGCAGGUCACCACACCGGAUCUAUCGUUCGCGAAUGGCAUCCAGCGGCGUGGGGCUUUUUCGCUGUUCGUUCCCAAACACCGGGAUGCUGCAGCGGCCCUCAUCAACCUGUUCAUUGAGCAGCCCGACGUGCAAACGCUCAUGAGCGUGGCUUCGUACUGCCGUGACCGACUCAACCCGGUUCUGUUCCAGUACAGUUUGGCCGUAGCCGUGCAACACCGACCGGACACGAAGGACGUCAACAUCCCGUCGAUCGUGUCGCUCUUCCCGGACCAAUUUGUCGAUCCGGCCGUGUUUCCUAAGCUGCGUGAAGAAGGCACCGUCGUGCAGCAGGAGAACCGAAUGGUGAUCGACAUCCCACCAAACUAUACCGCGUCCGACCGCGAGGACGAACAACGGAUGGCGUACUUCCGCGAGGAUAUCGGCGUCAACAUGCACCACUGGCAUUGGCACCUGGUGUACCCAGGUGACGGCCCGGAUGCGGUCGUGCGUAAGGAUCGACGUGGCGAGCUGUUCUACUACAUGCACAGCCAGCUGAUCGCGCGCUACAACAUCGAGCGGUUCUGCACCCGACUCAAGAAGGUGCGCCACCUGACGAACUUCCGUGAGCCGAUCGUCGAGGCGUACUUCCCGAAGAUGAUCCGUAGCUCGAACAACCGCUCAUACCCAGCUCGAGGUGCCAACAUCACGCUGCAGGACAUCGAUCGCAUCGACAACGGUACGAUCGUGUCGGUGAACGAUCUCGAGCGCUGGCGUGAUCGCAUCCAUGAGGCCAUCGAUCAGGGUUUUGUCCUGGACACGGCCGGAAAUCGCAUCCCGCUGGAUGAACAGCGUGGCAUCGACAUCCUCGGUGACGUGGUGGAGGCAUCCAGCCUCACACCUAACCGUCAGCUGUACGGAAGCCUGCACAACAUGGGCCACAAUGUGAUCUCGUACGUGCAUGAUCCCGACUACCGGUAUCUCGAGGAUUACGGCGUAAUGGGUGAUGUGACGACGGCGAUGCGUGAUCCCAUCUUCUACCGCUGGCAUGGCAUGAUCGAUGGUGUGUUCCGUCGUCACAAGGAGUUGCUGACGCCGUACACUGCCGCACAGCUGGGCAACCCAGGUGUCACCGUCAACUCGGUCGGUGUGCAGUUGUCGAAGGCGGGUGCGCCAGCGAACGUGCUGCUCACGUUCUGGCAACGCUCGCAGGUUGAUCUGGCCGCUGGACUCGACUUUGGACCGCAGGGUAACGUGUUUGCGUCGUUCACGCAUCUUCAGCACGCUCCGUUCUCGUUCCGCGUGGAGGUGAACAACGAGUCUGGUGCAAUGCGACAAGGCACUUUGCGCAUCUGGAUCGCGCCUAAGGUGGAUGAGCGUGGUACGCCACUCUCCUUCCGUGAACAGCGACUCUACUUCGUCGAGAUGGACACCUCAACGGUGACACUGAACCCUGGCGUGAACACUAUUAUGCGUCGUUCGGACCAAUCCAGCGUGACGAUCCCGUACGAGCGUACAUUCCGAGCUAUCGGUUCCAAGUCCGUCCCAACCGACGCCAGUGCCCUGGCGCAGUUCCGCUUCUGUGGAUGCGGUUGGCCCCAGCACAUGCUCGUCCCGAAGGGUUCGACUGAAGGCGUACAGUUCGAUCUGUUUGCGAUGGUCACCGACUACGCCGACGACUCCGUCACUCAGGACCUCGAUCCCAACGCGCCGUGCAACGAUGCUCACUCGUUCUGUGGACUGCGUGACAAGAAGUACCCUGACCGGCGCGCCAUGGGCUAUCCGUUCGAUCGCCGCACGGAAGACACUGUUCGUACGCUCGCUGACUUUGUGACACCAAACGCCAACAUGAAGUCGAGUACGAUCCAGGUGAAGUUCAGCAACUCCGUCAUCGCGCGCACCUAA